GAGGUGGGUUAAACUAUAAAUACGAUUGAACAGCUAUAUUUGGAAUUAUUACAGUCAAACUCGCAGCAGGAUUUAAUAUUAUGAAUAUGAAAAGUGGGAUAUCUAAUCUUUUGAUAUGUUUAAUGAGUCUGAAGGGAGAACAAGUCAGUUGUUCAACCUUGGACAUGGAAUACUUAAAAUUUAAUAAAGUACCUGAAAACAACGUACUUGAAAUAGCUGCACUGAAAAACGAAAUGGUCUUUCUACAAGAUAGAGUAGCACAACUUGAGAAGUAUGUGGAUAGUUCGGGAACUGGAGUUUUAAUAGAGGACAGGACUGGAGGCACGAAGUAUACUAAUCAUAUCUUGAAAAAGCGAGCAGCUGUGAGAAGAAGGGGAAUUCAAAGACGUGAGGUAGCAUUUCAAGCGUCUUUAACAAGAGAAUCGGCGACAUUUAAGCUAUAUGAUACAAUUAUCUUCAACAACGUGAUAACGAAUAUUGGUCAUGCAUACAACAAACAUACUGGCAUAUUUACUGCACCUGUAUCCGGAACUUACACCUUUAACACAAAUAUCGUGUCAGAGAAAGGACAUUAUGUCGAAGCUAGUAUUGAAGUUAAUGACAUAGUGACUGUUUCAGCAAUUAGCGAUCAUAGAAUCUCUCCAGAUGGAGAAUAUUUUACAACGUGGGACCAAGGAAAUGCUGUAGCCAUUUUAAGGCUAAACAGAGGAGACAAAGUGUCUGUAUCUGUGCAGUGGCCACAAGGAAGCCAUGUUAUACACGGUGUUGGAAAGUCGAGUUUCUCUGGAUGUCUGUUGAGGUCGCAUGAACGUCGCUAAGACAACAAAUGAAAGCGAAUUAUGUGCAGGAAUCAACAAACGUUUGUUCGAUUACUCCUUACUACUUCAUCUUAAAGCUUACUUGAAUAUUUUCUCAAUGUGAUGCUAAAAACGUUCAGCUUUCUUGUUUGCAAUAACAUUAUAGUAGAUCUGUCGCAUUAAUGGUAUUUCAGAAUUUCCCAUCCAUACAGACAGAAACAUCAUAAUUUGUGUAUGUUUUUGGACUUGUUUAAAAGUGCAACAAAAUAUGGCCGUUCCAGAGGCUUCAACAAAUAAAAUUUCCUCUUGCUCUGAAAACGAAAAUAAUUCACUUAAUCUCUUUCAUGAAUCUUUUUAUGAUUAAAGUAGAUAUAUGUUUUAUUAAUAUUUUAGGCUACAUGCAUUUCAUAUUUUUACUUUAUUUCAUAAAACUCAAAUUCCCCUUAUUGAUACCGCAGAUACUGCCAUCACUAAUAAAAUUUGGCUAAUAUCAGCCGAGUAAAAUCUUUUUCAUUUUUGAAUUUUGUUGUAAAGGUUCAUAAUUGUUAGAUAUUAUCAGUUGUGCUUAAAAUACGAGCAAACUUAGAAAUAGUAUAGUAAUAACAAAUUUACUUUUUUUCUAGUGUUGUGACGCGCACUUGCCAAAAAUGCAAACUAUGAAAUUAUUUGACAGUAUUUUGAGUGUAGUCAAAGAAUUUGACAAAAAGCUGACAGCAAAACAUAAAAAGAUUGAAUUCUUUCAAUAUAUUCUUAAAGGAUGUCGCAUACAUUUUAAUUUGCCUGUAGAUAAUUGCAAAAAUUGAGUUUACCAGGCGUUGCCAUUUUCAGACUUUAUGAUUUGUUUGGAGGCAGGCAGAAUUGUUUGACAAUAUUCCGGCGCAGGGCUGAUAUUUCCUACGAGAGAAUACUGAAAUAAAAUAGAUAAGUUUA